AUGUGUGAAUCUUUCAUUUAUGUUGAAGGCGAAUCGUUAUUGAUGGCGCUAAAAACCGUUGCUUUGUCCUCCGGCAGCGCCUGCACAUCAGCAUCGUUAGAGCCGUCGUACGUGUUGAGGGCUAUCGGAACUGGAGAAGACUUAGCUCAUUCUUCAAUUCGAUUUGGUAUUGGACGCUUCACCACCGAAAAGGAAAAUCCAGCACACCAUCGAAUUGUGCGUAAAAGAAGUGCAAAGGUUGCGAGAGUUGAGUCCGCUGUGGGAAAUGGUUCAAGAAGGUAUCGACCUGAAAAGUAUUCAAUGGACGCAACAUUGAGCCCAUUCUCUGUCAAUGACUUUAAAUUUUGUUCUACCUCUUUUGCAUAA